GGACGUGGAGAUAGUUCAAAACUUCAACUUGGAUUGAUUUGAUGGCGCGCGGUAAGGUGGCUGAGUGGAUACGGAAGCGGACGAUGCCGAGGAAGUCGUCGUCGUCCCGGCGCCGGAGCAGUACUCCCAGUGCGGCGUCGGAGGAGCCGAUACUAAGAGAGGCGGCGCCGGCGAUGGACAGCUGGAGCGGGGCUCCCACGCCGGCGCAGACAAAGGCGGGUUCGAAGGUCCGGUCGGCCAUGCGGCGGUGGCGGCCCCGCGUGAACGUGGUGGCCGUGCUGUACGACAAGGUUGUAUACCACCUGAUGUGGCUGGUCGAGUCCGUCGUGGUGGUCGGAAGGCUGGUCUUCUUCCUCAUGCGCUACGGCUUCAAACAACUCUAAGCUCAACUACCAUGAUCUUCACUCUGCCCAGCGCUGAGGGGAUGGACAUGAAGCGUCGCUCUGUGAUUCGUUGGUUCACUGUUUUUCUUUUCGUCUGUGCAAAUUCGUUCGCCAUUUUUCAGCUGCUUUUGAUCCGCAGGAAGUUGUAAAUUCCCUCGGCCCUCUUGUGUACAAAAAGAGACUUCUUUAAUUUCUUGCUUGGAAGUUGGACUCGAAAUGUCUCACCUCGGAAAUGUCUCAACUUGUA